UUCCGGGAAACGAUCGGACAUAUCAAUAUGCAGCUGAUGGUUUUCGGGAGGAUGUGGACGCGCAGGCGUGUUGCGGUGUGGGUGGAUUUUGGGGCCCCUCGUGAACAGGGCGGCGUUUCUAUGGGGAGGAGGUCUUUGAUACGCCACAUGGACCAGGACACAUCGCACCUUCUGCGUUUGCUGUGAUCGCAUUUUUUCGGAUGAUACGUUGUAACAGCCAGCUACAUCUCUCCCAAAUCGGUCGUAGUCGCGUUUUGCAGUUGUGUUUAUCUAUUUAAGGCCCCUCGGCGCUGAUCAAGGGUCUCUUUGAAGAUUUUAUGUAAUGAUCCGCUCUGGCAAGGAAUAUUCUGGACUCUUGUCUUAGCUGAGAAUCAGUUUCCAAUCAAGGCGUCACCUUUGGAAAUGCGUCUUCCUCCGUUGGAUACAACUUGCGCUGACGAUCAUUUAUGAAUAAUAGCCUGCAUCAUAUUGUCUGUAGAUCUAUUCCACAGGGGUCUUUCACAUAAAGGAUGGGGAUCUGAUUAAACAGCAGAGGCUGCCCACCUCCUCGAUCAUUUCAUCAUUCGUUCACCGAAUACAGAUUUGACGUUAAUGUUUCGCCAGGAGGUUGGUGUCCUGUCUUUUAUUCCGACUUGUUCGUACCUUUUCCAAUACGAACAGAGGAACAUGUCUCGGUAUAAUAUCUACAGUCUGCUGGACUGGAUGUAUGGAGGGGUGGACCCCAUGUUUGAGGGCAAUGGGGGCCCUGAGUGCGCAGCCUUCCUCUCUCCCCGACAGAGAAUAUUUGAGACUCUGAUCAUUGUGUUCAUUUCUAUUCUGGAAGUGGUGGUGGCUAUCAAAAAGAUCAAUGUCCCUAAAGAGGUCAGAGAUGUGCGGAAAGAUGGCAGGAGGAGCAAGGAAGACACCUGGGGCAAGAACCUGUUGCUUGUGGCUCUGUGCAUGACUUUUGGAGUUGAGGUUGGGUUUAAGUUUGCCACAAAGACUGUGAUCUACCUCCUCAAUCCAUGUCAUGUGGUCACAAUGGUACAAAUCUUCCUGCUUGCAUGUCCCCCCUGUAAAACCGCCAUGGUUAUUUUUAGGCUUCAGGUCCAUAUGCUGAAUGGAGCCCUUCUAGCGCUUCUCUUCCCAGUAGUCAACACUCGACUGCUUCCAUUUGAGAAGGAGAUAUAUUAUAUUCAGCACUCCAUGCUGUAUCUUGUGCCAGUCUACCUCUUCAGAAAAGGAGGUGUGUAUAAGCCAGAGCCACUCAGAGACAUGUGGUGGGCGCUGCUGUCCACGGGCAUCCUCUUCCUCUACCACUUUGUGUUCCUCCAGGGCCUUGGAAUGUUGACAGAAGUGAAUUUGAAUAACAUGCUGUGUCCUGCUGUCUCUGACCCCUUCUAUGGACCAUGGUACCGAGUGUGGGCGACGGGCCACCAGACUGCCCUGACAUUACUGCACGGCAAGGCUCUGACCAUCCUCUCGCAGCACACCGCUCCCACAUGCCGUUAUUUAUUGGAUAUAGCACAUCUACGCAACAAGAAGUUGGACUAGUGUUUUUAUCAGCAGACUAACAUGGACAAAACCUGAACUGGAACUUGUCCAGCUUCCUAGAAAAAAAGUGUAGUACAUUUUUUAUGUAUAUAUAUAUAUCUAUCUUUUUUUUUUCUUUUUGUUGUUUGGUCCAAACCUGGUUUCUCAAAGCUGGAUCAUUAGAUCGAAAUACUGUUUUAACACCAUAGGAGCAGGACUCAAGCAGCAUAAACCUUGCCUUGUUCUUUUUAGUUUUAAAGUUUAGCAAAAUGAAGAUUCAUUGAACUCAGAACAGAUGUAACCUUUCUUCUCAAGUUGCCUUCUUUAGUUACAUUCAACAGGGGGCCAACCCAGUUCCAUUUACUCAACUGAUGCAGUUAUAAAUGCUGAAUUUCCUCACGCCUUGCAUGCUGGUGAGGCAUUUUCAAUAGAUUUUCUCAAAAUGGCAUUCUGUUAAUAUUGUAGACCUGUUGUGGAAAGCAUAAAUGUAGUGGUACUGUGUCUAGGAGAUUUUCCAGAGUCUAUUUCCAGCUCCCAAGCAGUCUCUUUCUUUCAAACUGGUAUGUAAAUAGUUAUGACUAAAUUUUAAGCUGAAGCUAUUAGCUGUGGUCACGUCCACUAAACAUUUUCUGUUGGCUUAAAGUGAUUCCAUUUGCUGUUUGAUCAAGUACACACACACUCUACUGAUCAUAUUAUCCAUGGGAAAUGAUAGUGUUUUUUGUAUGUUCACAUGUAUACACAAAAAAGUCCAAUAUGUAGUCAAAUUAAGGAAAAAUAAGUUCCAUCACCAACCACAUUAGGGGCUCUUUUGUCUAGUCCCAAAACUGCUCCGAUCAAGUGUUUUCCCAGCUGUUUGCAUGUCAAGCCCAGAAACUACGAUUUGCUGAACAGUUUGUGGCUGUUGCAGUCAUGCAAGAAAUGCCAAUUUGAGCGAUCUAGUGAUCUAUUAUGGGAUCACUCUCAUUUCAAUGUAACUUGACUGAAAGGGAAACCUGUCUGUCUUGGUGUCAUUUUUGUACAUAUGUUUUUAUCGAUAUUAAAGGUCUUCUUCAACAUGUCAUUGAUGAAGACUAUUGGUUUCACAAGGUGCCAAACAAAAAAAUUUGUCUGUGAAGCAUAAAGACACCUAAUGCCUUAUUCUUUCAGAAUUAAUUUUUAUUGGAUAAAUGAUUUAAAAGGUAAUAACAAUAAUGUUUUAAAACUACAUUAUCAUUGCCACAGCCAUAGCUCACAUACCCACAUAUAACCCAUCUAUCCCCCCACCCCCAACACAUUUUUUUUUUUUUGGUGUAGAUUUUGUAAUUUUUUUUUGAGCCAUACUACCAUAUUCAUAAUAAAUGCCCAUUUCAAGUCUCAUCACACUAACAGCAAUUCAGUGGGGUUAAAUGAUCUAGUUCUACAGGGGAGUUGUCUCUCUCUCUCUCUCUCUAUAUAUAUAUAUAUUUUUUUUUAUCAAGUCAUUACUUUAGCUAUUUCAAGUUCUUAAAGGAAGAAAGAAUCCAAAAUCAAAAUAGAAACAAAAAGUGGUGGGCAUAUGGGGCUACACCAGGCAACCCCGUUUCCCACAAUGACAACACCGCAAGCUGUCAGUCAUUGAAGGGCGUGUUCAAAACUCAUCUUCUCAAAGUUCCAGAACAUAGAAAACCACUAAAAUAAUUUAGAAACUAGGUCCAAAAUAUUUUUUUUUAAAAAGAAUUAACUCGAUAUACAAAAACAGUCAUUGUGUUUACUUUUUUAACACUUUUUUUUUUUUUUACAAAAAAGUUUUCAAACUAAUUUAUUGUAGUUCUUACAUUAUUUUUUUAAUCAUCAUCAUCAUCAUCAUUAUUAUUAAUUAUACUUUUUUACCCCCAUAUCUAUCAGUGCGAUUGUAUGCCAGUGCAGCUACUGGGUCCAGAGUAAAGAAAAGAGGCUUUUUAUUUUUUAUUUUUUUCUUUAAAUGGCAUUUAAAAAUAAGGAUUAACUCAUCUUUUGUAUAAAGUAUAACUGCUGGUCUUAGGAAAAAAAUAAAAUAAAAAAAAAAAACCUUAAGAAACCCAUAAAUCUAAGAGGCACGCUAUGGGGUUUUCUUUCUUUACAAAAAUAUAUAAUAAUAACAACAAUGAUGAAAACAAACAAACAAAAAAAAGUACAACCUAGUAUUACGGUCAUUGACACCGUGCAAGGUCUCAAAGACAGCUACAAUGAAAAUUCAUUGAACUUAGGUAGCUAAAAUCCUAAAACAACAUUAGAAAUUGUACAAAAAAAAAAAGAUACACAGAAACAGAAGACAUUUCUCUUGCAGGGAAGGUUUUUGGAAGGACAGGAAGGCAGGUCUGUAGAGCAGCAUUUGGACAUGGCUGGAGGCAUCUUUGGUUCGGUUGAACACACAAAGGUAACAUGAGCCAAACGGCUUUCAAAGGACUAUGGGUUCAACAGCGAGCGUGAAGCUCGUCUGCAGGUGUUACAACCCAACAUGUAUGCCUAAAAUGAGCAUUUGCUAUACACACCAAACACUAAUCCCAGUUGUGUUGUUAAAAAUGACAGAAACCCAAAGACAGCAUAGCGAGAAAAUGCUUUUUGACCCAAUCUUUGAGCAAUGUAACUGUAGGACAGGUACUGAGUUUCUACAGUGUUUAAAUGUGCCUGGGAUUGCUAAUGUCCUCAAAGUGCAUGUUCAAACUACUCUAGGAAUCAUGAAAAUAUUUUGUUCCAUUUGCAGUCUUUUCACAACUGAUUUUUCUUAACUUAAAAUCUAUCGACAUAUCUGACAGAACCAAAAACGAAAGAACCAACGUGUCUUUCAUCGCAUAGUGUGGCUUGCAACCGAACGAACCAAUGAUAUUUGAACAAAUGUUGUUAGCAAAGUAAACUCAGCACAUUGAACCUCAUUAUCGCUGUAGUUUUGGCCAUAUGGAGGCAACAGCGUUCGGCUAGUUAAGCCAGCCGUCUUUCAAAACGGCGAUGUACAUGAACGCGAACAUCCACAGCAUUAACAAAGCGAGAGACUCCAGGGUAAUUGUAUGUUGCGUAAAUUUGCACAUCUAUAACAGAUGAGAUGUUAAGCAUAUGCCCGAAUCCCCCAGGCCAUGAGGGAAAGAUGGGGUUAGACUCGUCACUACUUGUCCUUUCAAACCUGCAGGAGAUUGUGUUACACUGGUAGGGGGAAAAAAAACAAAAAAAAAACACCUGUAAAACAGAUCUGCAUAUAUUGAGGAUAAUAAUAAAGUCUGAUAUGAUCAAUGAGUCCGCAUGACCAGUCACAUUUGCUGUGACCACCCCCGACAUGAGGUCCGAUAGCACCAUUUUAUAUAGUCUUUUUUUUUUCUCGUAUCUAUAUAGCAGUGAAACAAGCAUGCCAUGUUUAACAGGUGGCCUCCUAUUCAUGCAACAAAUGUAUUGCAAAGGUCAAUACAUCAGAUUUCAAAUGCAAAGACUUAGUUGAUUUUGCAGCAGAAAAAAAUGUUCAGUUUGUGCUGUUUUAAUGGACCAACAAACGAGGCCCUGAUCGUCCAACUAGAAACACAAUAACCGGGUUUAAAAAAAAAUCAGAUAGUUAAAGGGUUGUUAAAGACCACAAAUGUGUCACACUUUAUGUGACUCUUAAACGGGCAUCUUUGCCCAAAAACUCAAUGCAAAAGUUGCUGUUCAUGUUGUGAAAUAAUCGGUCUCAAGGUAGUUGAGCACUCGGGGCAACAUUUGCUGGUCCACAUCAUAACCAUUUUUAAGGCAAAACAACUGAAAUCAGGUUUUUUUUUUCUUUAGGUUUUAGUGAGCUGGCUAAAGACUGUGGAUGGAACCCCAAAAGCCCUUAACAUUUUGCAUAUGAAAACAAAACACAGAAAUCGUUCCCGAUUUUCACAAGAACCUCACCCAUUAUUUUCCUUUCAGAAGUGGUCGAAAAGCGAGUCCACUGCUUCUACAGACAAUAAAAACAAGUGAUAUUCAGUCUACCUCCUGGUCUUUGAAAAAAAGAAAAAGAAAAAAGCUGUAUCAAAAUAACACUGCCGCCUUUCAGAGCAAGAGUUGAAAAUGGGUCUAAUAAGAGAAUAAAUCGUCAAGUGAGAAAACUAUGAAAACACUUACAACCGUAGUAACUCCCUGGUGUGACAUGACAACAUUAAUCAAACAAGCUUCACCGCGAGAUGUUGAGGGGUUCAGAAGCCGCCACAACAGCUGUGCCUGUUUGACUUGAAGAUCCGCAAGUUAUCGUCUCAAUUACAGCGACUGUAAAGUCUGCGCCUUCGUAUGGAGGUGUGAACAUUGUUGCCAUGCGAGACAGAAACGGACAUAUUCAUCCAUAAUACCAGAUCAUUAAAAACUAAACCGAGAGCUUUCUGAAGCAUCCUCUUGAGAGUGAAGAUUCCCGUGCCAGGUAAACAGACCAAGAGAGAAAGGAAUUAAAAACAGCCAUUUAGAGCAACCACUCUGCUACAGCAUGCAUUAAAAAUUUGACCUUGGUCUCUCACAAAGGUGUUCCUCUCUGUGUGACAAAAUAGGAGCGAUACAAAAUUCAGACUGACUUGAAUCUGAUGUCUCUCUGACUAUCCAUUUACACCCUUACUCCGAGUACAGACCUAUACUUUCAAUCUCACAAACAACACUAAGAAAUACUAAUACAACACAUCACCACGAGAAACAAAAUAACAGACAUGUGGUUUAAUAUGCUUUUACAUUUUUCCUAGCAACACCAGACAAAAAAGGGCUAACUAUUUAUCUAAGUUAGCUCAGUUCAAAUCAACUCCAGUAAUGCUAAGAGCAACAGCCUUUUACAUUAUGGGGAAAAUAUUCUGGUGUACCCAAAAGAGAGUUUGAGGGGGGGAAAAAAAAACACUUGACUAGUUCUUCACUGCCUAACCCAACAAUGCUCAAGAUAAAACAAGGAAAACAAAACCACCACUCAUGAGGAACUGCACAGAGAGGAACGAGAAUCCCUUAAACCCUGUGGCUGCCUAUAUGAUAAAAGACAAACUAAUAAGAAACUGAAAAAAAUUGAGAAAGUCACUAAAGCUGAGCGAGCGUACAUACAAUCUGAGCAAAAGCAUAACUACUCCAACAUUUAAUAUGACUUAUUUCCAUCCACAGACUGAGAAACCUGAUUUUAGGAAAUUUGUUGAAACAAA